AUGCCCACCCUCCCCUUCGGCUCCCACAAUCUUCCUUCAUCCAAUCUCAUCCCUUCCGAAAGAAAGCGACACAGCGAUGAAGACGAAGUCGUUCAACACCGUGUUACAUCGGCGGUGAAGAGCGUUCCUUCUGGAGGCGUUCACUCGCAAAUUGAAUCAUCUGCAGGGGAGGGGAACUUCUUUGAUGCGAUUUUACCUUAUUGGAUUUGA